CUACAAAUACCCCCACCAAGCCUACGCAUUCCCUCCACCAGUCUAAGCCACCACAGCAAUAGCUAAGCCGCACCAUCAGCUAAACAAUGGCAGCAGCAACAAUGGCCCUCUCCUCCCCUGCAUUCGCUGGAAAGGCAGUGAAGCUCUCCCCUUCUUCCCCUGAGCUCAUGGGCAAUGGCCGUGUCUCCAUGAGGAAAACCACCAAGCCUGUUUCCUCUGGAAGCCCAUGGUACGGUCCAGACCGUGUUAAAUACCUGGGUCCUUUCUCCGGUGAGCCCCCAUCCUACUUGACCGGUGAGUUCCCUGGUGAUUAUGGCUGGGACACUGCUGGGCUCUCUGCUGACCCAGAGACCUUUGCCAAGAACCGUGAGCUUGAAGUCAUCCACUCCAGGUGGGCCAUGCUUGGAGCCCUUGGAUGUGUCUUCCCCGAGCUCUUGUCCCGCAACGGUGUCAAAUUCGGUGAGGCUGUGUGGUUCAAGGCUGGGGCCCAGAUCUUCAGCGAGGGUGGACUUGACUACUUGGGCAACCCAAGCUUGAUCCACGCACAAAGCAUCUUGGCCAUUUGGGCUACACAAGUGAUCUUGAUGGGUGCUGUUGAGGGUUAUAGAAUUGCUGGUGGGCCACUCGGAGAGAUCACUGACCCGAUCUACCCAGGUGGAAGCUUUGACCCGUUGGGUCUGGCUGACGACCCAGAGGCAUUCGCUGAGUUGAAGGUAAAGGAACUCAAGAAUGGUAGACUGGCUAUGUUCUCUAUGUUCGGAUUCUUUGUCCAAGCCAUUGUUACCGGAAAGGGACCAUUGGAGAACUUGGCUGACCACCUUGCUGAUCCCGUCAACAACAACGCCUGGGCAUAUGCCACCAACUUCGCCCCCGGAAAGUGAGCUAACAAAGAAGAGUUUUUCUGUGUUUGGAUUGUUGGCUUGUAAUGUGAAGUUGUGAUGUAAUGAGACCAUGAUGUUAAUCAUAUGUGCUGAAAGUGCAUAAUCUGUAUGGUACGUAGUUUGAAAGAAGACAAUCAUUUUCCUCCCA